GUGACCACUCAGAGGACGGCAGUGCGCGCUGGAGGCAGACACUGGAAGCAAAAGGAAACACCGUUGUGUCAAACUUUGCGGCUGUUAUUUCCUAUAAAGAGAGAGUGGACGCCUUUUUUUUAUUAUCAAAGAUGUUUGCACUCGGGGAGAAGAUGGAGUUUCUCAUCGGAAACCCUUAUUCGACGCCUGUCGGUCAGAGAAUUGAACGAUCGCGACCAGUGGGAUUCUGCAGUCAGACGACUGGGGACUGAACAUGGAGAUAUGUGACAUCAUCAAUGAGACGGACGAGGGGCCAAGAGACGCAGUUAAAGCUGUCAAGAAGAGAAUCAUAGGAAACAAGAACUUCAGAGAGAUAAUGUUGGCUCUUACUGUUCUUGAGACCUGUGUGAAGAACUGCGGCCACCGUUUCCAGGUUCUGGUGGCUUCACAGGACUUUGUCGAAGGAGUUUUGGUGCGAUCCAUUCUGCCCAAAUAUAACCCCCCGACUGCCCUCCACGACCGGGUGCUCAGCCUCAUUCAGUCCUGGGCUGAUGCGUUUCGUAGCUCUCCCUCCCUGGCAGGGGUGGUGUAUGUAUAUGAUGACUUGAGGAGACGGGGCCUGGAGUUUCCCAUGACAGACCUGGAUGCUCUAUCUCCUAUCCAUACUCCAAAUAGGAGUAUCCCAGAAAAUGGGACAGCCGACACAGCCCCUGAGUCUGCCCCCACACCACCAGAACCUCAAGAACCACCCAGUGUUCCUCCUCAGAAUACUCCUCCUGCAAUCAAUCCCAGUGAAGGACCAGUCACCCUCUCUGCUGAACAGGAACAGAAGUUACGAAAUGACAUUGCGCUCAUAAGGGGAAUCUCACCUGUGAUGUCAGAAAUGCUGAAUGAGCUGACACCAGGACAGAUCCAGCACGACGACACAGAGCUUCUACAGCAGCUCUACUCUGUGUGUAAGAACAUGCAGACUCGAGUGGUGGAGCUCAUCCCCCAGCUGUUGGAUGAAGGGUUUAUUGAGGAGCUACUUGUGAUCAACGAUGACCUCAACAAUGCGUUUAUCCGUUAUGAGAGGUUUGACAGACUGAACAAGGCACAAAUGACAAAUAAUCAACAAAGCUCUGUCACUAGCCAAAGCCUCAUUGACCUCAGUCCUCCUGAGCCAGCAACACUCGACCAACCUGCUGUCAUCACAGAAACCAGCCAACCAGCAGUCAGCACAUGGGCCGCUCAACGACAAUCACCCAGCCCCAAAGAGGAGGAAGAGUUUGACAUGUUUGCCCAGACGAGAGGCAGCUCCCUGGCUGAGCAGAGGAAAAGUGUCAGGUAUGAAGACCCAGGAGCCGUAGAGGGACUCGCUGGAGCUCUGGAUACAAGGUUGCACGUCACAGGAGGGAUGCCUCCAGCGAAAAACUCUCUGAAGAGUGAUAUUGACAAAUGGUUGUCUUCUGAUAUGGCGGAUCAGUCUUCAGUAAGCGAGGGAGUGUCCAGUGAAGAGUUCGAUAAGUUUCUGGAAGAUCGCGCAAAAUCAGCAGACCAUAGCACCCCGGCAACCCGUAGUGUGUCGCCCUCCUCAUCCAGACCACCACCACCACAAUCUUCCUUCCAACAGGAGAGGUCACAUGACCAACUCUUCUCACUUGAUCUUAAGGACAUUCAAGUUCAAUAUGCACAUACAAUUCUUUUAAAACAUACCUGGAUUCACUCAAAUGCUGCCCUGUCAGGUUUUAUCUGAAAGCAUGUAAUGUUGCCUGCUACUAAACCUGACACUACAGAACUGCUGCCGAUCAACUCACUGCAUUUUGUCCUCGUUAAUUCUGCUGUUUGUUAUCUCUAUGUAAGAAUAAGCAACUUUGUGUGAGUGUAUUUAUGAAAUGUCUUACUAUAAUGUCGAUGUAAACCAAGACUUUAAUUAGAACAUUAGUUUACUGUUUAUAAUAACUUGAAAAAUAAACUUGUUGUAGCCCUAUCAUUUACUUGGACCAAAGCAGCUGAUUUUGAGUAGAUUAGAAUAAAUGGGGCUCUGUCCUACGAAAACAGUUGCUUCGUCUUCUCUUUAAAUCCUGCUAUUUCAAUACCCGAGCUUCCAGGCAGGAGACACACACUCAGAAGCUUGUUUUCUAACUGAUUUCAAGGCAGUCUUUGUGUAAAGAGCUGUUGUUCUUUAAGGUCUUGUGUCUGAGACUGCUGACAAAGCUCCAACAAGUCAAGGUCAAAUGACUUUUCCCCAUUUCAUGAUUCAUGAUUGGUGUUGAAAAAUUGUUACUCCCUCUUUUUCAUAUAAAUAUAUCUUCUUUA